AUGAUAUAAUAGAUUAAAGAAUACUAUAAAUUAGAAGAAUUUUUAAACUCUUCGCUUUAAUCUCAUUAGGUUCUCCGUAUUGAUCUGAGUAAUAAUAAUGUUGGUGAUUAAGGUUCAUCAGGAUUAGGUUCUGCAUUAGCAAAGUGCAUCAAUCUCUCAAAUUUGACACUUGGCCUUGAGGAUAAUAAUAUAGGUGCAAUAGGUGCAUCAAGCUUGUGUUCUGGUUUAGCAAAUUGCACUCAUCUCUCAAAUUUGACACUUAAUCUUAAUGGUAAUAAUAUUGGUGAAACAGGUGGAUCAGGCUUAGGUUCUACUUUAGCAAAUUGUACUAAUCUCUCAAAUUUGACACUUGACCUUGGUGGUAAUGAUAUCGGUAAUUUAGGUGCAUCAGGCUUAUUUCUUGGUUUAGGAAAUUUAACUAAUCUCUCAAAUUUGAGACUUAUUCUUCGUGGUAAUUCUAUUUCUGCAACAGGCGCAUCAGACUUAGGUUCUGGUUUAGCAAAGUGCAUCAAUCUCUCAAAUUUAACACUUGAUCUUACUUUUAAUAAUAUUGGUGAUUUAGGUGCAUCAGUCUUAGGUCCUGAUUUAGCAAAGUGUAUCAAUCUCUAAAAUUUGACACUUGAUCUUGGUGAUAAUAAUAUUGGAGCAACGGGUGCAUCAGGCUUAGUUUCUAGUUUGGCAAAUUGCGCUAAUCUCUCUAAUUUGAAACUUAAUCUUAAUUAUAAUAAAAUUGGUGAUUAAGGUACAAUAGGCUUAGGUUCUGGUUUAGCAAAUUGCACUAACCUCUCAAAUUUAACACUUUUUCUUCGUGAUAAUGAAAUUGGUGCAAUAGGUGCAUCAGGCUUAUGUUCUGCAUUAGCAAAGUGCACUAAUCUCUCAAAUUUUAAACUUGAUCUUAAUCGUAAUUCUAUUGAUGCUAUAGGUGUAUCAGGCUUAGGUUCUGGUUUAGUAAAUUGCAAUAAUCUCUCAAAUUUGACACUUUACCUUCUUGAAAAUAAUAUUGGUGAUUAAUGUGCAUCAGACUUAGGUUCUGCUUUAGCAAAGUGCAUCAAUCUCUCAAAUUUGACACUUUAUCUUUGUGAUAAUAAUAUUGGUGCUACAGGUGCAUCAGGCUUAGGUUCUAGUUUAGCAAAUUGCACUAAACUCUCAAAUUUGACACUUUUUCUUAGUGGUAAUAAUAUUGGUGAAACAGGUGCAUCAGGCUUAGGUUAUGGCUUAGGAAAUUGCACUAAUCUCUCAAAUUUGACAAUUAACCUUAAUGGUAAUAAUAUUGGUACAAUAGGCGCAUUAGGCUUAGGUUCUGGUUUUGCAAAUUGCACUAAUCUCUCAAAUUUGACACUUGAACUUCAUAGUAAUAAUAUUGGUGAUUAAGGUUUAUCAGGCUUAGGUUCUGGUUUAUAAAAUUGUACUAAACUCUCAAAUUUGACACUCAGUCUUUAUGGUAAUAAUUUUGGUGCAAUAGGUACCUCAGGCUUAUGUUCUGGUUUAGCAAAUUGCAAUAAACUCUCAAAUUUGACACUUGAAAUUAAUCUUGAUAAAUCAUAAUAUUUGAAAGUAAAAAGCAAGUGUCUUAAAUUAAAAAGAUUAGUUGUCUCUAUAUUAUAUUGA